GCCCCCCGGCAGCGAGGCGAAGGCGACGGCAGCUCGCAGAGGCGGGCGGCGGUGGCGGCGGCGGCGGCGGCGGCGCGGGAGAGUUCGCGUCUCUCUUUCCGUCUCUCGACCUCGCGCCCCCGGCUUCCCUCCACCGUGUGCCAACUCCCUAUACUCGUCCGGGUUACCCGCCACCCGGCUUCCGUCCCCCCCCCCACGCCCCAGGCGGUGAAGGUUUGGGCUGAGCCAUGAGCGACAAGUACACGCGCGCCGUGCUUCGGGUAGUGGUGGCUCAGGUUUGUCAGGGGCUGGGCUGGGACGCCGUUCAGGUCUGCGCUUCGGAGGUGCUCACCGACGUCCUGCAGCGUUACCUGGAGCAGCUGGCGCGAUGCUGCCACCGCUACAGCGAGCUCUACGGGCGCACGGACCCAGACCUCGAGGACGUGGGGCAGGCGUUCGGCCUCAUGGGCGUGAGCCUGCACGAGCUGGAGGACUUUGUGCACAACCUGGAGCCCGUGGCGUUCGCACAUACGCUGCCUGCCUUCCCGGCCGUCAAGGCCAACACGCUCGGCUUUCCGACGGCGGCGGCAGUGGCGGCCGCAAGCGCCCGUGACGCCGCCUCGCGCCGCGACUACAUCCCCGACCACCUGCCGCCGCUCGUGUCCGCGCAGGAAGAGGAGGAGGAAGCGGUCCAGUGCGAGGGCGGCACGUCGGCCGAAGCCAUGCAGGUCUCCCUGGACGAGGAGGACGAGGAGGAGGAUGAGGAGGAGGACGAGGAGGUGGAGGAGGGCGAGAUCCGGGAUGGACUGGAGCCUGGCGAAAUCGUGUCGGAUGACGGCAAGCGUCAGUUCAUCCUGGACGCCGACAGCAGCGGACCCGACUCUCCCGUGUCGUCCCGCCACUCGAGCCACCCCAGCAAGCGGGCCCGACUCUCGGAGCCAGCCCCGGCCUUCCUGCAUGGCAGCGGCGGUGGCGGAACACCUCGUCGGCCACUGGGCCCGCUCAGUGCCCAGCAGCUGCAGCAGCACCAGCAGCAGCACCAGCAGCUGCGGGCGCCGCCCGUGCUGUCGCCGGUGCCCGUGUCAGACCCCUCCGAGUCCCCGCCCCUCUCUCCGGAACCGCCGGAGCUAGCGCCGGUGGCCCGGUCAGCGCCCACACAGGAGCGCAAGCAGCAGCAGCAGCAGCAGGCGGCGGCCGUUGCAGCGGCGGCGGCGCCGUCUCAUGGCAAGCACAAAGCGCCGCACAAGGCCGCAAAGGCGGCGGCAAAGGCCGCCCCUGCGGCGGCGGCGGCACCGGUGACCACGCCGUCCUCUCGGCCCACACGCUCGCACAGCCAGAGGUCGCCGGCACGAGACAAAAAGUCUCCCGCUCGCACCAAGAGCCCCAAGUCUCAGGGCAAGAGCAAGGCUGCCUCCAAUGCUGCCGCCGCCGCUCCUUUGCCAGCCGCCGCAAGCGGCAAACCGGAAAGCCCGGCACGGGCCCCGCUGGCGCUGUACAACGCGGCCGUAGAGCGGACCUUGCGCGAGACGCCACCUAAGGCGUCCGCUGCUGCCACUUCCACACCGGGCGCCGGCGACAAGAAGGGCGGACAUGAGGGCAGGAAGCAGCAGCAGCAGCAACACCAGCAGCAGGACGAUAAGGCCAUCACGGACUCGAUCGACGCCGUCAUCGCGCAGGUCUGCGCCAAGCGCGAGUCGGACCCCUUUGCCUUCUCGUCUGACUCGGAGGGCGAGGUGUUCACGAGCCCCAAGCACCACUCGGCAUCCGAGUCAAGCACCAUCAAGUCCCCAACUCUGGGCAACGGUAGCGGCAGCAGUGGGGCGAGCGCCGGCCAGGCCACCGGUCCGACCGCGGGCCCGGCCAAGGCCACGGACUCGGCGGCGGCGACGAACUCUGGCGGUGAGCGCGAACGGGCGGCGAGUACCAACGCCGCGUCGUGGACGCUGGAUGACUCGAUCAAUGAGGUGGUGAGGAGGGCGGGGCUGGACGUGGCGGCGGCCUCCCCCGCCGCCACGUCGACGGCGCCAAAGUCGGGCCAGCCGGCGACGGCCCCGGCGCGGGUGCUGUCGGCGGUGUCUCCGGCGCGAUCGUCGUCAUCCGACGGUACCUCCCCGUGCUCCCCACGCACGGAUGCCCCCUGCUUUCCGACGGCGCCACCGCCGGCAGCGCCCGAACCCAGGCCGAGCGCGGCGGCGGCGAAAUCGGCGGCGCCGCCACCGCCCACACUUCCGCCGGCGCCGCCGCCGCAGGCCCAGCCGUCGACGGUGGACGUGAAGAAGCGUCUGAAGAAGGAGCUGCGCCUGAAGCAGAAGAAGAAGGAGAAGGAGCGCGCGAAGGAGCGGCUCAAGGAGCAGCGCGAGAAGGAGCGCGAGCGCCAGCGCGAGAAGGACAAGCGGCGCGAUGGCUCUAAAGACCGCCGCGGCCGCAGGGACUCGGACAGGACGGCCAACAAGGCCAAGGAGCGCGACCGCUCCGAGUCGAAGGACAAGGGCAAGGACCCGUCUCUCAAGAAGGACAAGGACAAGCACCGGGACAAGAAGAAGGACCACGAGAAGACGAGGGGUGACAAGCACGGCAGGGACAAGGGCGCCGGUAAGUCGGCGGCGCUGGCGAGCGGCGGCGCUUCGACGGCGUUCUCCGGCGGCCUCGCGUUCGCGCAGUUGGGGCGGGCCCCGCCGGGCCGGCACGGCGACAGCGGCGGCCCCAACCGUGACAAAGAUCGUCACCGUGACAAGGACAAGAAGAAAGACAAGAAGAAGAAAAAGCGGGAGAAGGAUCGGGAGAAGGAAGAGAAGCACAAGAUGGACAAGCUAAAGCAGGAUCAGCCCAGCGGAGCUUCCUCCCCUGCUAUCCCCAAGCUCACGCUGCGCAUGGGUGGACAGAUGCCGCUGGUGAUCCACCAGACAAGCGUCGACAAGAAGCCGUCCCCUCCAGUCCCACGCCCCAAGUCACCCCCCCUGCUGGGCGGCGGCGGAGGCGGUGGCGGCGCAGCCUCCUCGCCGUCUCUCUCCCCGCCCGACUCGCCGCUCCCCCCGCAGCCGCUGCCCGAGGCCCACUUGCACCACCAGCACCGACCGGGGCCCGCGGCCUCCCUGUUGGCGGCAGGCCCCGGCCGUCCCGAUGGACCGCUAGCGGCGCUCGAAAUGACCGCGGGGAAGGCCGGGAGCGGCCCCGGAGCAGGGGGAGGAUUGACGGCGGCUGCGGCGGCUGCGGCGGCUGCAGCGGCGGCGGCGCUACAGCGCACCGUCACCACAGAAACCAUCAGCACGUUUUUGGAUGCCCAAGGCAACAAGGUGUGGAUCUGCCCCGGCUGCAAUAAGAUGGACGACGGAAGCCCCAUGAUCGGCUGCGACAUGUGCGACGACUGGUUCCACUGGCCAUGUGUGGGCAUCUCCAAAGCCCCCCCGGACGCCGUCAAAUGGUUCUGCCCGCGCUGCCGCCUCGCCAACAGCGCCGCACCCAUCGCCGGCAAGCGCCGGGACAAGAAGGGGGCGGCAGCGGCGGCGGCGGUGGUGGCGGCGGCGGCAGCGGCGGCGGCGGCAGUGGUGGUGCCUCCGCCCCCCGUAGUGCUUCCGCCUCCGCCGCCUCCUCCUCCUCCUCCCCCUCCGCCGCCAGUCGUCGCCACCCCUCCCACCGGCGCAGGCGGCAAGCGCAAGGGCAAGAUGGGGCGAGGAGGAGGCCCGCCGCCUAAGAAGGGCUCGGGGAAGCUGGUGUCGGAGGCCCUGCCGGUGCCCGCCGCCGCCCUUGCACCUCUGCCGCCACCUCCCCCGCCGCCCGUCCCGGCGCCGCCGCCGCCGCCGGUCGUUCCCAUGGAAGACGACUACGAGGAGGGCAAGAUCUGGAUCUGCCCGAGCUGCAAGGGCGUGAUCAAGCAGACGUCGGAGGCGCCCACCAUUGGCUGCGAGACGUGCGACGAGUGGUACCACUGGACCUGCGUGGGCAUCAUCACCCCCCCGCCGGAAGAGGAGCCAUGGUACUGCCCGGUCUGCACCACCUCCAGCACCUCCACCAGCGGCGGCGGCGGCGGUGGCGGCAGCAAGGGCAGGGACAAGCGGCAAAAGGGGCGGAAGGGCAAGGGUGGACAUUAGCGCUUGGGUGCUGGGCUUGCGGCCUCCCACGCACAUCUCCAAUGGCGUGGGGCACCGCUUGCCCGUGGAGCCAGCGCCGCUCCCACCCAUGCGGCCAACCAAUGAUGCGCCACCGUAAACAACAACAACAAAACUGCGGACGUUGUCCACCGAGCAACGGCGCCGUACACCCGUGUGGCCAAACGCUUGGGCGGUUGGGCAGCUGACUCCCCCACUGCCCCAUCCCCUCCGGCCACUGUAGGUCUCGAUGCAGGACUGCGGGUGGACGCUGUGACGCGGCGGAGGGCGAACGCAACGAUGCGGCCGACGCAAUCUCUGGCUUUCACGCCCGUCCGUCCGCCCGCCCACCCUCCCCAGCACGACGCCACGAACUUUUGAGUCGGCCGUUUUUACCAAACGUCGAGAUGAUAUCGUCGCGAACUUUUAAGCGCCGCGUCAGCAGAUCUAAAAGUCGGUCUCCGCUUAAACGAACAUGCGUCGCUAGUUUCACAUUGGCAGCCUUACGAAGCCAGUGGGGGAAAGUCCACAUUCUUAUGGUGGGAGCCAGUCAGUCAUACUCGAUAGGACAACCACUGUUGACUUCCGGCAAAGUGGUUUCUUAAUUUUAUUAACCCCCCCCCCCCCCACCAUGUGCCGCAAACCUUAAAUAUGAGUGGAGUCAAUCCUCAACCAGGAUCGAAACUCUUUUAAAGGUCGUGGGCGCAAACGCUUGAACCCAUCGCGGCAACACCCGCGAGGCCAUGUAUAUAUGUAAAAUACGUGUGUGUGUGCACGCACACGUGCGUGCGUGUGUGAGAGUAUUUUUUAACUAAACGUAUCCGUGUUUGGUCGUGCACGUACAGUGACGCGUCGGCGAGCGCCUGAUGAUUAAUAAAAACGUAGACAAAGUUAGAUUUUCUUUUCCCCCCCCCACUCUAUUAAAAAACGCGUCGUAGUCGUUGGCCAAGCCAGUGUGGAGUCCACCGGCUGUCCGCCCGGUGGCCGUGUCUCGUGUGUACGUCCAUGUCCAGGGGGGAAACGAAGCCUCCGCAACACGCGCUCGCGUUUUCAUCGCCGUAUCUUUGUCGUGAUAUAUUUUUUUACUUUUGAAAAGGGCCUGGCUGUCGAGUUUUAUUUCUUUUUUUUAUUUGUGUAUUUCUACAUCGUAAACUUACAUGAGUUUGGAACAGGUCCUGAAGUUUUGCCGAAACCGCACGGUCCGUUGUGUAAGGUAGUGGGUACACAGCAAACGGGUUGUGGUGAGGUGAACCCACCCGUAUGGAUCUCUUCCUAGUGUUAUCCCCCUUCCUUAUGCCCUGGUGGGUUUUCUCUGGGCGUUCAGGCGUCCUCACCCGUACGAAAUCAAAUUUAUAUUUGAGAGGACAAUUGGUCCAAACAUCCCAACGUAGCAGGGGGGGGGGCCCUCUUGAAAGAGCAGUGGGACUCGGUGAGGCUUUGCUGGAAGGCAAUUUCUGUUGAGUUUAUUUUUUCUCUCCCACUCACUAGGGACGGGCGGCUCUCUUGAGCUUGCCUUGAGUUUGAAGCUCUCCCACUAGCAGUGGUGUGAGCCAGCAAUUGCAGGGCUACACCUCUUCCUUUCGCCGCAGAUUACUUCUCAGUAUUUGGUAAACCCACCGCCAUGUUCCGCCAGCAUUUUAACCCCCGAAUCAAGGCAACAAUAUUUCCAAAAGACUGGUUUCGUUUGAAAUUGUCGUACCUUCUUGAAUGCACUGCCUCUUGGAACUGCGAGAAUAUAUAUUUCAACAAGUUGAUAUGUAGAUGUUUUUAUUUUUUAAUAUUCUAUUUGCGUGUCGUUAUGUACCACCACUGCCUCCCCCCCCCUCCCCCACCACCAAAUGAUUGCAAUAGUUCCGCUUGGGCGCUAUGCCCCAUUUAGAAACGAAAACAAAAGUAUUAGAAACUGUUGUGGCUUCUUGGUGCUGUACUCGACGACAGAGCGGGAGGUGUGGAGAUAAAUUAGCUGCCGAGGACAUCACGGAGAGUAGGUUGUAGGUAAGAGGCCUACGUGGGGUACAAGCACUUUGUGCCCUGGGGCUCUCCACGCGUGGUGGAUCAAUUUAUCUGCUGGCACCACCAGCAGCAGCAGCAGGGACCUCCAGAGGAGGGUGCCAGUCUGCACCCUAACCUGGUCAAGGCUGAUGAGGCCACUUUUGUCAGCACCGGGAUAACCAAAGGCCUCUGACCCCACCCAACUCGUUAUGAGCUGUGCAAUUGAGUCACCAUGGACAAACGUCACUGAUGAACGUGGCCUCAAAGUUCAGGAGUGGAUGAAUUGGGUAAAAGGACUUGACAACAUCGCCCCCCCCCCCCAACUACUGGCGGGCUAUACCCCCUCAGUGACACAUCGCACCGUCGUCACGGCCUCGUGCUAUUAAGACUGGCGCGAAGAGCAAAUGUGAUAUGCUGUUUUCAUUACGAGUGUUCUAUUCGCAGUGACGUCUGGAGUAGCACACCGCGAAUGUCGGCUUGUUUGAUGCAAACGACAAAUGAUUGUUACUGGAAUUGUCACAGGCCCAUAACGCGUCAUCCUAUAAAUAUAUAGUAUAUAUAGCCAGCUGCCGCUCUCAAAACCAAAAAUAAAACGCCACGAGGAAUCGAGUCGGAAGCAUUGCUCGGCGAAUGGGAUCCUUUCGUGUGGAAGAUUAUUUGGUGAUCCUGUCUCUGCUGCGUUGGCUGUGGUGCACAAAUAACAACUCAACGCGCUGAUGAAACCCACUGCCUUACGAAAGGAAUUGUAUAUUAGGUGAGUUUCGGGCAAUGGUCCUUCUCUCAAGCACUUGAAGACUUGUGCCACGAAGAAAGGGCAAUUGCCCCAAACGUUGCCUAAUAUAUAUUUUCCUUCCGUGUGGAGGGGGUGAUUGGCAAGAGUAGUUCUACGUCGAUGUCGGGGUUGGUGGUGGGCCAGUUUAGGGCUAACGGGAGCGAUGUUGCAAAUGUCGCCAGCAAAUUGAUCGGGCAUCUUUGCGCGAUGCAUGUCCCGUGGUUUUGGCUGCUGUAGCCACAGUUGCAAUGUGGGAGGAGGGGGGGGGGGGAUGGGGUUCGAUUCGUAGGAUCUUGACCAUGUCUUCAUCGAUUCGGUUUCUCGCACAUUCGGGAGGUUGGACUGUGUUUGGGUUGGUUCUGGUACGAUUCCUAACCCUCGACCAUAGGCCCAGUGUUUCCCGCUCUGCGGGUGAAUAAGGUAACUUGGCCAUAAUCCAAAGCUUGGUUCCAUCAGGGAAGCGAAGCGUUCAAGGUCCUGACUUAUUCCUGUGGCCAAAUAGGUUGUGAACGAUGCGAUUAAUUUGCGCGUUUAAAAAUGUGUGUUUGCACGACUCGCUUACAUUGGCCACGCGAAGAAGUCUGCGGCUGAUAUAAUGUUGCCGCUUACUGGCCUCUUCUUGGCUGUAUCUUGCCCAGGGCCCACGGGCUGCCACCUCGUGAGUCAACGGAUUUGUCUGCUCGCUGUCUGUCGGUGGUGGCUGCUCGUCGAAAAUACGCUGCCAAGGCUGCCUAAGAUUGUCCAGUCUCUGGCGGCACGUGCGGGUGAAUUGAUUGGAAUGCUCAAGUGAAAUACGAUGUUGGUGAUGAUGAUGAUGCCAGUGCUGGGCUCCCACCGGAAUCAGAUCUCACGGGAAUGUGUGUGGGCUUCUUGGUUGCCCUUGCAGAAGGUGCUUUUGUCUUCAUGGGCUCUCAUCAUCACGAUCUACCCACUGCUUUAUGAAUCCCUGCCGGUCGUCUUCUCUCCCAGUCUCGCAAUGCCGCAAUCCAUCUGGCUCCUGGCGAGGCUGGGCUGCAGUGGUUAUCACAACGCGCUAAAAAUCCAGAGAGCUGGGUUUGAUUCCCAGCCACGGUUCGCGUUGAGUGGUGAGCAACUUCUGAACUUGUCCUGGGGCCUUCCCCUAAGUAGACUCAGCCGACCUACCGUUGUUCGCCGUGCCGGCCUUAAUGGGUGCUCGCUAACAGCACUUUGCCUCGGCAGUUUAGGCUCUACGGGGAUCUUCUGUAUGUGUCAAUGUAGUAUGUGGUGUAAAUGUGUGUGUACGGUAUGUGUAUGCAUAUGCCCGUCUGUUGGAGCAAAUCGCUGUUGGUGAAGCCACUGCUAAUCGCAUUCCAGUUUCUCAAUGAAUUCACCUGCAACGUGGUGGUGUUGGUGGCGGCGGCACCUGAGACUAGAAAACCCGGGAUGUGACUCGCAGCCUGCGAGCCGCCGCUGCUUUCACACUUUUAACGUCGAAGAUGUGUUGCCUGGGCUGUGUUCGGUUACCAAUACAACCCCAAAGCGCAAACGGGGUGCGUCUUGUAACUUGCAUCACGCGGCUACUUGUCCCGACUGUCUGACAUAAGUUUGUAAUUCUCGAUUGAUCGUGAGCGCCGUGUUGACUUGAAGGUCGCUCCUAAAUCGUUAUCAUGAAGUCUCUCAUUUGAUUACUGUUGUGCCGGACAGCUCGAGACAGCACUCCCUUGUGGUAGCGACAGGGUUUAAGAGCUGAAAGCUGCAUUAACUUGGGCCUAACCUCUCCUGAUUGGCCAGAGUGGUGUGGGGGGGGGGUAUACAUUGAGGUUGGCGACAUAGGAAGCGGUUGCGUAAGAAAUUGAGGCUGGCGAAACGGGAACGCUUCAGACGGCAAGGUCCUUCAGGACCCCAGUUGGAUUCUGAGAUGUUGGCUAUGGCUUUCUGUCGCUUUCUGAGGUUUCGAGAGGUAUAUCUCCCGUGGCGCUCGUGGCUUGGAACCAACCGCAUUCAACAAAAGAUAACAUCGGCCUGGUGUUUCGGGGAUGUGUCGUUCAAGAUUUCGAAGGCAUGUGGCAGCGAUGGAAGUUGGCAUUCGGGCCGGGGCUUCCCCCCCCCCCCACACACCUCGUCGCACAGUGAACUCGCUCUUGAAAUUCUCCCCGCAGCUGCUUCGUCCACACCCGAGCGAGUCGUCGCGACGCAGUGAAAUCAAACGGCGUUAUGAUUCGCCCAUUGUAACGACAGUUGCUCAAACGUGUGCCCCAGGUGAUGAAUGGAAUGGUCUUGUGCAACGAAGUUACCCCGAGCAGAUGGGCCGCCGUUUGUUAAGUGGAGUCUGGCCUCGACUGCGAACAGCAACCGCGUGCAGAGAUGGCCCGCGCACAAGCGAUUCGGUGCGCGCGCGAUCAAGUUGCACGCGAACGGGUCGCAGAGAAUGGUGCACGCACACGCACCCACCCACCCACAAGCGAUGCGAUCGCGUCGCAGCUGAUUGCUCAAGCCGUGGAUUAUUAUGAUGAUGUCACCCUCCACCCUCCCCUCGUUUCGUCUCCCCCGCACGCGGGCAUGCGACUCGUGAACGUGUAUUUUAUUGUGAGAUAACAGAAUAAGAAGACAAAAAAAUAAAUACUAAAUACUACGA